AUGUCAGGGUCAGGGGGAUUUGGGGAUACUUUUGAUUUUGAUUCAACUGUUGGCAUUUUAGCUGAUAUAUUGCCUCCACCUAGACCCUCACAAACUGCUUUUCCUUCUCAAAAUGGUCAAGCAUCUAGUCUUUCAGCAGAACCUAACCAUACCACAUUUCCUUCAAGUUUUUCAACUCCAUUUGGCCAACCACCUACUUCUUCAUCACAAGGUCAAGGUGGUCAACCUUUUCAACCUCAAGCUGCCCAAUCUAUGCCACACCCAGCUUUUCCACCUCAAGGUGUCCAGCAGCAGCAGCCUAUGCCACAGUUAUCUUUUCAACUUCUAGGUGGACACCAAUCUAUGCCACAGUCAGCUUCUCAACUUCCAGGUGUCCAGCAGCAGCAGCAGUUGCCACAGUCAUCUUUUCAACUUCCAUGUGGCCACCAGUCAGCUUUUCAAAGUCUAAGUGUCCAGUAG